UGAGAGUCAACCAACCUCUGAGAGUCAACCAACCUGUGAGAUACUCUACAUGACUUGACAGCUUCUGAGCUUGUGGGCCAGCAGUGGACUAGCCAAUAAUAACUGUUAACUUGAAUAUAGAGAUCUACCCGGCCUCUCAAUGCAUAAUGACUAAAUGAAGACUUUGGCGCCUGUUUGAGUAUGGCAAGACUCUAGAAAUUGAACCCAGGGCUUUGCAUAUGUUGGGCAAGCACUCUACCACCAAGCUAUAUCUCUAUCCCCUUGAACUGUAUCUUGAGACAGAGUUUUGCCAAAUCGCCUGGGCUAUCCUCUGACUUAUGAUCCUCCACAUUUCUGGUAGCUGGGGUGGAGGGCGUGAAACCCCCACUCCCAGAAAGUCCAUGUCAUUUGGAGCUUUGGGAGGUAGUUUAUAGAUCUACAGCCUAAAAAUGUGAACCUAUAAGAGUAAGAUGGCCGACUUUGAGGAUCGGGUGUCAGAUGAAGAGAAGGUCUGCAUUACCGCUAAAUUCAUCACCCAUGCACCCCCAGGGGAGUUUAAUGACGUAUUCAAUGAUGCCUGGCUACUGCUUAAUAAUGACAGUCUUCUCAGGGAAGGGGCAGCACACGCAUUUGCCCAGGAUAACAUGGAUCAGUUUACACCUGUGAAAAUAGAAGGCUAUGAUGACCAGGUCUUAACUACAGAGCAUUGUGACCUUGGUAACAGCAGAUUUUUAGAUCCGAGAAACAAAAUUUCCUUUAAGUUUGAUCACUUACAGAAAGAAGCAAGUGACCGGCAGCCAGAGGAUGUGGAUGAAGGCUUGAGGUCUUGGAGGGACUCAUGUGACAGUGCUCUGAGAGCCUAUGUGAAAGAUCAUUAUUCCAACGGCUUCUGUACUGUUUACACUAAAACUAUAGACAGGCAACAGAGCAUUAUUGCAUGUAUUGAAAGCCACCAGUUUCAACCCAAAAACUUCUGGAAUGGUCACUGGAGAUCAGAGUGGAAGUUCACCAUCACACCACCUUCAGCCCAGGUGGCUGGAGUGCUCAAGAUUCAGGUUCAUUGUUAUGAAGACGGCAACAUUCAGUUGGUUAGUCAUAAAGAUGUGCAGGACUCAGUAACUGUUUCUAAUGAAGUCCAAACUGCCAAGGAGCUUAUUAAAAUCACAGAGAGUUCAGAAAAUGAGUAUCAGACAGCAAUUAGUGAAAAUUAUCAAACUAUGUCAAACACCACGUUCAAGGCCUUGUGCUGGCAGCUUCCACUUACCUGCACCAAAAUCGACUGGAGCAAGAUACUGAGUUAGAAGAUAGGCAAAGAAAUGCAGAAUGCUUAAAGGCCAUCUUUAAGAGUCUCCAGGACAUGUAAAGAAAAGGA